AGGUCACGUGGUGGCUUUUCCCGCCACUCGGGCCAGGCGGUUGAGGCGGCUGCUACCAUGCUGCGCAAGCUUACCGUCGACCAGAUCAACGACUGGUUCACCAUCGGCAAGGCCGUGACCAAUGUGGAGCUGCUGGGUUCUCCGCCCGCCAUUCCAGCCAAGGUGGCCAGGGAGGAGACUCUGCGCAAGGACGCGGCACCUUCCCCGGCUUCCGCUUCCACCCCACCGGGCCUCAGGAGAUCGUUCAGCCAGAGGAGUUCAGAGAUAGAGUAUAUUAACAAAUACAGACAACUAGAAGCACAAGAAUUUGACAUGUAUGGCAGUGACCAACCAACACAUAGGCAAGGUCCAAGACCAUCUCUGAUUAAAUUAAGCAAUGUGACAUGUAUCCCAGAGACAACUUACACAUAUCCUGAUUUGCCUAUAAAUCGAUGUAAGGAAAAGGUUAUUUCUUUGAUAGAAAGCAAUUCUGUGGUAAUUAUACACGGCACCACAGGAAGUGGCAAGAGCACUCAACUCCCGCAGUACAUCUUGGAUCAUUAUGUUCAGCGUUCUACUUACUGCAACAUUGUGGUUACCCAGCCACGGAAGAUAGGAGCCAGCAGCAUUGCCAGGUGGAUCAGUAAAGAGCGCUCAUGGGCCCUGGGCGGCCUGGUGGGUUACCAGGUAGGGCUGGAGAAGAUAGCAACAGAAGACACCAGGUUAAUUUACAUGACCACCGGAAUCCUGCUUCAGAAAAUAGUCAGCGCCAAGAGUCUGAUGGAAUUCACGCAUGUCUUCAUUGAUGAAGUACAUGAGCGCACUGAAGAAAUGGAUUUCUUGCUGUUGGUAGUCCGAAAACUUUUAAGAACAAAUUCACGUUUUGUGAAGGUCGUCCUGAUGUCGGCUACCAUCAACUGCAAAGAGUUUGCAGACUACUUUGCUGUUCCUGUUCAGAACAAGAUGAAUCCUGCGUAUGUUUUUGAAGUGGAAGGCGUGCCCCAUUCGAUUGAAGAGUACUAUCUUAAUGACUUGCAGCACAUUUAUCGUAGUGGGCUCUCUCCCUGUCUCCUGGAGGAGCCACUGAUAACAAAGGAUGUCUACGAAGUUGCUGUCUCCCUCAUUCAGCUGUUUGAUGACUUGGAGGUGAAGGAGAGAGGGAACAAGAAAUCAGGGGCCCAGUUUGUGUCAGAGAGGAGCAGUGUGUUGGUGUUUUUGCCAGGUCUAGGUGAAAUCAACUAUAUGCAUGGACUUCUCACGAACAUGGUUCACAAAAGGUUACAGGUCUAUCCACUCCAUUCCAGUGUGACUUUAGAAGAACAAAAUAAUAUAUUUUUAAGUCCAGUCCCUGGGUACAGAAAGAUCAUCCUGUCCACCAACAUUGCAGAGAGCUCCGUCACUGUUCCAGAUGUUAAGUAUGUUAUAGAUUUUUGUCUGACUAGAACCCUGGUUUGUGAUGAAGAUACAAAUUAUCAGAGUCUGCGAUUGAGUUGGGCCUCUAAGACCAGUUGUGACCAGAGGAAAGGUCGUGCUGGGCGGGUGUCUAAAGGGUACUGUUACAGACUGGUGCCUCGGGACUUCUGGGACACGUGCAUCCCUGAUCAUGUCAAACCGGAGAUGCUGCGCUGUCCACUAGGAAGCACAAUAUUGAAAGUGAAGUUACUUGACAUGGGUGAACCGAGAGCUCUGCUGGCAACUGCCCUUUCUCCACCUAGUCUGAGUGACAUUGAGCGCACCAUCCUUCUACUGAAGGAGGUGGGCGCACUUGCGGUUAGUGGGCAGAGAGAAGACGAAAGCCCCCAUGAUGGCGAGUUGACCUUCCUGGGAAGAGUGUUAGCCCAGCUCCCAGUCAGUCAGCAGCUGGGUAAACUCAUAGUGCUGGGACAUGUGUUUGGAUGCCUGGAUGAAUGUCUCAUCAUCGCAGCUGGACUUUCGUUGAAGAAUUUUUUUGCGAUGCCUUUUCGGCAGCAUCUUGAUGGAUAUAGGAACAAAGUGAACUUCUCUGGCAGCAGUAACAGUGACCCCCUUGCGCUUGUGGAGGCGUUUAAGAUGUGGCAGGCUUGUCGACAGCGGGGAGAGCUGCGGCAUCCCAAGGAUGAACUUGACUGGGGACGGCUAAAUUACAUUCAAAUCAAGAGAAUUAGAGAGGUGGCUGAGCUGUAUGAAGAGUUGAAGAGUAGAGUCUCACAGUUCAACAUGUAUGUGGACCCGCAGCAGCCCAGCUUGGACCCAGAGUAUCCGUACAAGCAGCGCUUCAUCCUGCAGGUUGUAUUGGCAGGUGCUUUUUACCCCAAUUAUUUCACCUUUGGACAGCCUGACGAGGAGAUGGCGGUGAGGGAGCUGGCUGGCAAAGACCCAAAGACGACUGUCGUGCUGAAGCGCAUUCCUCCCUACGGAUUCCUGUACUAUAAACAACUGCAGUCCCUCUUUAGACAGUGUGGUCAGGUCAAGUCCAUCGUGUUUGAUGGUGCAAAAGCCUUUGUGGAGUUUUCCCGGAACCCAACAGAGAGAUUUAAAACCCUCCCUGCAGUGUAUAUGGCAGUGAAGAUGUCCCAGCUGAAAGUGUUCCUGGAGCUCCGUGUCCAUGCUGCCGAGGACAUAGAAGGGAAGGUGCAGGGAGAGGUGGCGUCGAAGGUCCGGAACACGAGGGUGACUGUAGACUUCCAGAAGCAGACAGUAGAGCCUAUGCAAGUCUCACUCAACACAUUGGACAAGUCCCAGAGGGCGGCAGAUCUCCUAUUAACCAUCCAAGUUACAGAGGUGGUGGAAGUAGGACACUUCUGGGGCUAUAGGACUGAUGAAAGGAAUGCAGAGCUUCUUGAGAAGCUGACUGCUGAAAUUAACAGGCUGGAGUUGGUGCCUCUGCCAGUCCACCCACACCCCGACAUGGUCUGUCUGGCACCUUUUGUGGAUUUUGAUAAAAGCUACUUCAGAGCUCAAAUACUUAAUGUGUCUGGAAAUUCUGCUGAGGUAUUCUUCGUGGACUAUGGAAACCGUGCUCGCGUAGACCUAGACCUCUUAAUGGAGAUUCCCUAUCCGUGUCUCGAGCUUCCCUUCCAGGCUUUGGAAUUUAAGAUUUGCAAAAUGCGGCCCUCGGCCAAGUCUCUGGUUUGUGGUGAGCACUGGAGCCGCAGGGCCAGCAAGCGGUUCGCCUCUCUGGUAAGCAGAUGUACUCUCCUGGUGAAGGUCUUCUCGGUUGUGCACAAUGUCCUGCACGUGGACGUGUACUGCUGCUUGGGAGCGCUGGACACCAUCAACAUCAGAGAUGUCCUCAUCAGCGAAGGCCACGCAGAGCUGGCAGAGGAGUCCUACGAGUCCAAACAAAGCCAUGAAGCUCUCAGGGGCCUCUUUUCGAAAUCAGGAGACGGAGUGAUGCCUGGGUCUGUGGCCUCUCCUAUGAAGGAUGAGGAGAAGCAUCUGAUUCAGAUUUUGCUGGAGAGCUUCUCUUCCAGUAGACUGGGUACCCCGAGCUGCAAGACUGUCCUCCACGGGCCUUUCCACCCUUAUGAGAUGAAGUGUCACAGUCUGACCAGAAUAUCCAAAUUCAGGUGUGUCUGGAUCGACAAGGAGAGCAUCAACUCGGUCAUCAUUAGUGACACCCCCGCAGAAUUGCACCAGAGGAUGCUGGUCGCAGCCUCACUGUUAGUCAAUGCAACUGGGUCUACCAUGCUGCUGAGAGAGACCUCGCUGAUGCCUCCCAUCCCUGGCCUCCCGGCGCUCCUCAGCAUGCUGUUUGCACCGGUGAUCGAGUUAAGGCUGGACCAGGAGGGAAAAUGCUACACCGGUGUCCUCUGUGGCCUAGGGUGGAACCCAGUGACAGCGGCCCCCAUCCUCCCAGAGCACGACAUGGAGCUGGCGUUUGAUGUGCAGCUCGGUGUGGAGGACAUCACCGAGAUUAAUAUUCUCAGGGCUGCUAUCAACAAGCUAGUGUGUGAUGGGCCGAAUGGAUCCAAGUAUCUGGGGCCAGGAAGAGUCAUGCAGUUACAGGACAGUGCGCGUCAGAAACUUCUGAGUUUGUUCUGUCAGAUGAAGCCUAGAAAGAGGAUUAUUCCGAAGUGGCAUGAAAAGCCCUACGAGUGGAAUCAGGUGCAUCCCAAGCUGGUCAUGGAGCAGGCUGACCGGAAAGGCUGCCGAGGGAAGAGUGCCCUUCUCUACCAGCUUCACAAGCUGCUGGUGCUCAGCCCCUGACUGUGGGAGGCCGCGGAGGCACCUGUGUGUCUCAGCAUGGCUGCCUGUGCCCUUGUGCCCUCCUCUUCGGGGCGGGAGUAGGUUUCUGUGCAGGCGGGAAGGGUUGGAAAGAAAAUCACUGCACUCGGUAUUUGGAAAGAAAAGAAUUGCUCUGGACGAAGGCUGGAAACAGCGGUUUGCUUCCACGCAUGAAGGUGAAGGCUGCUGGCCAGACUCACGGACAGGGUCCAGCGUGGGCUUUCGGGUCCUGCCUGUUACCCGCCUCAGGCCUGUGCCCGGACAGGCAGGGCCGCUGGUUUGCGCAGGGGGCUGUGUGUGCGGUUUUUAAAACCAAUGUGGCAUUUUCUGAUUUUUUUGAGGUUGUUUCCCAUGAGGAAAAAUACCUAAUUUUGGUAAAAUUAAUCUGUUUUGUACAUGUAGGGCUUUUAGUUAAAUUACAGUUUUUGGUUCACAUUUUGGAAAUCAGAAAUGACCUGGCAACUGUUAUAUUUGUGUUAAAACAAUAAAAACCUUAGACAACA